CGAGCGGUAUCGAACCCUAAUCCCAAGUAGCUCUUCUGCUGGCUAACACGGUUACACCUACACGGCUACACCCAUACUCAAUAGUCGACAAGAGCAGUUUGGGCUUCCCCUCAGAUGCACAAAUGUUGGACCCAAAUCGGUGAUCAGUUCAAAAACACCUUCCCACUUCCACCGCACCAUUCAAACCACUGCGAAAGAGAACAACAGCUGAGGAGAGAUGCAGGAGAAAACCAAGUGUCUGGCUUUGAUCGGUGCCGGUGCUCUUUUGGGCUCCAUUACUGCCACCGUAGCCGUUCUCAAGCUUCUUCCCACCAGAGAAGCUACGGUUAAACGCAGUAAUGAUGCCAAUUCAAAUGGUAAAUCAGUUUUAUCUGCUCCAGCUGAAGGCAAUGCUUCUCUAAAAGAGGAAACGUAUAAGAUGGACCCUGUAGGCCUUUUGAAAGACGAAAUAGUUUCUGAACAGCUCACCAGGAAUAUCCAGUUCUUUGGUUUUGAUGCCCAACAAAAAGUGACAACAUCUUAUGUUGUAGUCAUUGGCCUUGGAGGUGUAGGGAGUCAUGCUGCAUCAAUGCUCUUAAGAUCAGGAGUUGGAAGACUCCUCCUUGUUGACUUUGACCAGGUUUCACUUUCAUCUUUGAAUCGACAUGCGGUUGCUACAAGAAAAGAUGUUGGCACCCCAAAAGCUUUAUGCCUUACGAAACACUUCUCAUCCAUUUAUCCAGAAUGCCACAUAGACGCAAAGGUCCUCUUAUAUGAUGCUUCCUCAGAAGAAGAAAUUCUCUCUGGUGACCCUGAUUUUGUUUUGGAUUGUAUUGAUAACAUUGAUACAAAGGUGGCACUUCUUGCUGCAUGUGUACGUAGAGGUUUAAAAGUUUUGUCUGCUACAGGAGCCGGAGCAAGAGCGGACCCCACAAGAAUCCGUGUGGCUGAUUUAAGAGAAUCCACCAAUGAUCCACUUUCUAGAUCAGUUAGACAACGUUUAAGGAGAGAUCAUGGGAUUGAAGGUGGGAUUCCUGUAGUUUUCUCUUUGGAAAAACCAAAAGCAAAGUUGCUUCCUUUUAAAGGACCUAAUGGAGAUGAAGAGCAUCCUUCAGAUUAUCAAGUGGUUCCUGGAUUCAGGGUUCGAAUAAUUCCUGUUUUGGGAACAAUUCCUGCAAUUUUUGGACAAAUAAUGGCAUCAUAUGUUGUGACAAAACUAGCAGAAUUUCAAGUCCAGAUGGAGCCCAUUGUGAACUUUGACAUGGAUCAUUACAGAGUGCUACAUCAGCGCCUUAUUGAGCAUGAGGAGUUGAUUUAUGGCACAUCUAUUCAAGUUCAGGUGGAUGUUGAAGAAGUGAUGUAUGUUGUUAAAGAAUUAUGGCAUGGAAGAAGUGCAAGAGAUGAAACUAGAAAAGAAGUUGGGCGUGGAAUGUGGCGUUCUGUCAAGGAAUUGAUGCUUGUGAGAUGGGACAAGUCAAAGCCAGCAUCUGCAUCAAAUCUAAUCCUUCUAAAAUUUACAGAGGCGGAUGAACAUGAAUCAACAACACUUGAAGAUAUAAAGGAGAAUGAGCCAGAAUUUUUCACAAGGGUAACAUCCAGAUUGAAACGAGCUGAAUUAGACUAUUAUGAACAAAUUAUGUAGCAAUAAAUGACAUUUAUUUUUGUAAUUUUGGUAGAUGCCAUUGUUGUAUGGUUUAUAGAAGUUGGUUUCUGCUUAUAGUUUGUUGACCAAUGGUGUUGGAAGGAAUAUGAUAAUGA